AUGUUGUCUUCAUUGAACGAAACUCGAUCAGCAGAUAAGUAUCUUCAUUUAAGUGAUCAAUACCCCCCCAAAAUUCCAAAAUCCCAGGUCCAGCCUCGGCCACCAUCUGCUACUGAUGGAAGAAGUAGAAUCCCCACAAAUGUCCAUCGUAGCUCAAUGUCAGGGACAGACACCCAUGGGUUCGUAGGGAUCCCAUUGGCAAAGGCUCAGAAAGAUUCUAGCCGACGUCUUGCAUCAAAGAGCUGUAAUUCCGCGAUGCCAAAGAAAGCCUCGAGUGUACCAUCCGGGAUGCACAGAAGACAACUAGAGAAUCAGCUGCAUGUAAAGAGAAAUAAGUACGUGACAUUCAAGAAGGAGCUUGUCGAGAAACAAAAAUGUGCAAUCGAGAUGUACGAAGACGUGGUCCAACUCCGAGAAAAGUUGAUUGCAGUUGGAGGUAAAGAUCCAGGUAAAAUCGAUGCAAUCCAGCUCCUCUGCGAUCAGACUCUGCAGACCCUAGGAGGUGGGGAGACAACUUUCGUAGUGGGCUCGACAGUCACUAAAGAAUUUAUUUCAAGUAUUCAACUCCAGUUGGAUAAUGCUUCUAAAAACCUCUUCGAUGUCUGUCAAGACACAUUAACAAAAUACUCCAGAGUUCUUCAUCGGUUGAUGAACCCUAGAGAUCAACCACGAGAUUCAGAAACGAUGCUGGAGCUCAAAGAGUUCGAGGUGGAUCACGAGAACUUGGUGACACGGCUAGAGGCAGCAAAAAAAGUCGAGGAUGAAUUCAGAAGCAGUGUAAUGAGUAAAAUAUCAAUUUUGUGGAGUGAAAUUGAUGCUUGUCGAAUUAGAAUCAAACAUCUGGAGAAUGCUGGAGACGACAUAGCCAAUCAAUUACGAACAAAGUUAAACAGCGAAGUUGAGAAGCUGAGGGAACUCAAAGAAAGAAAGAAUGCUGUGGAUGGGCAAUUGCAGAAGGCUCAAGUGAGGAUUAAGGAGCUGGAGGGAAAGUUGGAAGAGAAUGAGACAAAAAUAUCGCAUCUUCUGGGGAGUGUUAAGAACUUGGAGGGACAGUUGAAGCAGAUGGACGUUAACGGGGAGCAGAGAAUUAGAGAGUUGCAGAAGAUACUGAAAAACUCAGAAGCAUCUGUUACAAAACUGGAGAGUCAACGAGAAAGUCUCGAGUCCCGGUAG